CCUACCCUUCUCUUUUUCUUUUAUGGGCUCCUGACUCAACUAAUGGACUGAAGAAUGCUCGAUCAGACAAGAAGAUAAUGGCUGCCACUGACCAAGCAUUCCUUGACAUGCUCAAUUCUCUCAUUGAAAUGAUGACACAAGAACUGAACAAGAUUGACAGAGUAAAAUACAAGACACUGAUCACAAUACACCUUCAUCAGAGGGACAUAUUCAAUGACCUGGGUCCGUCAUGGAGUGCUGUACGGUACAUGAUUGGUGAGAUACAGUAUGGAGGAAGAGUCACUGAUGAUUAUGACAAGCACUUACUGAACACUUAUGCUAAACUUUGGUUUGGUGAGCACAUGUUCCAGCAAAAGUUUAGAUUCUGUAAUUGUAAAGUGUUUCCAAUCCCAGUGUUCAAGACAGUCCAGGAUUACAUCAGUUACAUUGAUUCCCUUCCCAUGGUCAUCACUCCUGAAGUCUUUGGAAUGCAUCCUAAUGCUGACAUCACGUACAUGCAAGACUACAGAAAAUAGGUGCCAUUGCUCCAAUGAAUGUUUUUCUAAGACAAGAGAUUGACCGAAUGCAAAGGAUCAUUACAAUAGUGAGGAACACUUUACAAGAUCUGCAACUAGCAAUAGAUGGCACUAUUGUUAUGAGUAAAGUAAGAGUUGUGUUAUCAUCUACAAUUAUUAUUUGAAUUAAUUUUGGACUCUUUGUAAUACUCUUGACAAUAUGUAUGAUGCUAGAGUUCCUACAGCCUGGAGAAAAGUUAGUUACAUUAUGUUGUGUGUUGAGUGAAGAAAAACUGGUUUAUAUUUUGUGGUUUUAAUUUUCUGUGAAUGACAGUUUACAAAGCCUGUAAUCAUGAAAUUAUGCACCAAAAAGACAAGAAUGAGAGAGGCAUUUUGUUGCCAAAUAUACACCAUCUUUCUAAUUGUGGCAACUUGUUGCUUUCGAGAUGAAAGUAGCCAGAAAUUUCACUAGCAUUAAGUGUGCCUAUGUAGUGUAUGGCCU